AUGACACAGCAGGUGGACGCAGUCGUCAGCGACGAGAUCGUCGGUGACACGUACGUCGUCAGGAAGAAAGUAGACGAACUUUCGCUCGACGAAAUCAAGUGCGAGCUCGAAAAACGCAAUCUGGACUUCAGUGGAGACGAUUACGCUAUUCUCCACGAACGUUUGACCGACUCUAUGAUCGAGGAGGGUUUGGAGCCGACGACUUUCGAGUUCGAGCUCGAGGCUGAGGACGAAGACGAGGAAGAGGAGGACGAACCCAUCGUCGUCAAGGAGCACCAGGACGACAGCAAGCCGACCGAGACGAAACACGAAACGAGCAAAACCACGGCUGCGUCGUCGAACAAUUCGGUUCCAGUAAAGGAAGCCGCCAGCGCGGCCGUUCCGACGAAAAAAGAAGACAAGAAGCCCAGCGGACAAACCCAGCAAGCGGUCCCGCAGUACAAAGAAGUCCCCGGGAACCACAUUUGGGUCAGCGGACUGUCGUCGCGUUGCAAGGCCGCCGAUCUGAAGAAAUUCUUCACCAGGUACGCUAAUGUCGGCUCGGCGAAAAUCGUUGCGAACGCGCGCACGAACAGCGCCCACUGCUACGGUUACAUCACGGUGGAGAGCGCGAGCGACCUCCAGAAAUGCGUUGAGAAAAUGCAUUGCACUCGUUUCGAGGGGAACUUCAUCGAGGUCGAAGUUUGUAAACUAGCGCCCGCCGACCAGUUACGCAAGGUCGAGAUGAAGAACCGCGAAAGACUCGCUCAACAAAAGGAGGAGUUCCGAAAACGUAAGGCCGAACGUCGACAGAAAAUCGAAGAGGAGACCCAUAAGCGAGAGGAGGCUCGGAAAGUCGAAGACAGCAAACGGAAGGAAUCGGAGAGGAAGAAAAACGACGACUCGCACAAAGUCCGUGACUCGAAGCGAGAUUUCAAGAAAGACGACCGCAGACCCGUUCCCGAUCGACGGAGGUCCCGCUCGCCGAUCAGCAGUAGACGAAGACCGGAAGCGCCUCCGCGGCGGCCUCCGUCCGGACCCCCGCCCCGAAGGUUCGCCAGAUCGGAUCCCCCACGGAGACGAAGUCCACCGAUUCGCGGUCAUCGCACCCGGUCCCGUAGUCCUUCGCCUUUCGGACAUUCAGCUCCGGCUCCUUUCUUACACGGACCGCCGUCGAUAAUGGAACGCCCGCCGAUGAGGAUCAUGGAUCGCAGACUUGAAGCAGAACGCAUCGAGGUCGAACGACGUCAACGGGCCGAGACAGAAGCUUUGGAACGAGAGAAGCGACAGCUGCGUCUGGAAAGAGAGCGUCUAGAGCGAGAGAAGCUCGAGCUCAUCCGCCUCGAGCGGGAACGAGUGAAAAAGGAGAUGGAGGAGGUGGCCGCUCGUAAGGAAGUGGCCGAGAGGCGGCGGCAGGAAGAAUUGCAUCGUCAACAGCAGCAGCAGCAACAACAGGAAGAGGAGCAACGAAAACGCGAAGAGGCUCGCAUCGAGCUGGAGCGCAGGCCGAGGGAGUCCGUCAGGCAGUCAUCGCAACACGUGGGUCAUGUGGAUCCCACGAUGGAGCUCUACGAUCCCAGAGUCCCUCUCGCCGAAGAGUACAACAGGAGUCAGGUCGACGCGAAAUUCAGCGGGCGCUUGGGACCGGCUCUGCAGCGGGAACCGGUCCAGAUGCGUCACGACGACCGGCGACGCGACGAUCGCCGAAGAGAGCCGCCGCUCGUCACCAGUCCCCGCAUCGAACGUCGCAUGCCAGCGUACUUGGAACCGUGGGGCGCGCAGGAGAUCAAGACCCGAGGAGACUACUUGGAUCAGUCGAGGAGUGAGAGCUUGCCAUCGAAACGUCAGCGAUCGAGGUCACCGCAGAGAUCGAACGGAGCUUACAACCAAAUCCCAUCGGCGGAUUAUCGAGGUCAGGCGACCAUGAACGCAGCGGACUCUUGGAGGGGCCAGCAGACGUCGGCUACGAGUGCGAGCUCUUACAUGGAUAAUCGGAGAGCUUCGGCUGUUCCGCGGCCGAUAGAUCAAGCCGCGUCGGCUCCCCAUUGGACGUUGCCAGCCCGGGUUGCCUUCCCGCCGGCCUACGCUCAACAAGAGUCGAGCAGAGGAUUCCUGGGUGGUGGUGGUAGUAGUGGUGGUGGUGGCGGCGGCUCCUCGUCAUCCGGAUUCGGGAUGUCUUCAUCGUCAGGAUACCGACGCUAUUAG